GUGUCCAUGCCUUCUAUCUGCCUUCUUCGUCAGUUCGGGAUCUACGGGCCCUCUUUUGCUCUAUCAAAGGAACAAAUCCCAAAUUUCGGUGACGUCCAACUUAGGUAUGUUUGUUAUAUGCAAGGCCAAUACAGUGCACUAUUAUUGCCCUUGGUUAUAUGGUAAAGAGCGGAGUUCCAAAGUCCACCCGGGAACUUCGGUCUCAGACAUCACGAAGGUGCUGGAUACCUGAGUCACGUCUCCCUGACCAUCACCUAUAAAUUGAGUGAAGCUUGAGGGGCCCUCAAAUCUGCAUGAUCAUCGAGCUCAUUGAGGUACUGCAUACCUCCAAACUCUUUAAGGUCACGAGACGUGUCUCCUGACGAUCUCGAUCUUCCGACGAUCUUGAUGAUCUCCUGACGAAGGUCUUUAAAUACUGACGAUGUUGAUGAUCUCCUUAAGAAGAUCUCUGUCUCCUGAUGAAGAUCUUAAUGAUCGCCUGACGAAAGACCUUAAUGAUCGCCUAACGAAGAUUUUGAUAUCCGGAGCAAUGAUGGUAAAAGAUGUUGUCAUCUUCGACGGGAGACGACGAGCCUCAAAUCAGCGAGGGGAGACUUCCGUUUCCGUCCACAAACCAGUCCGAUCAGUUUCGUGACGCCACAAAGCCCCUGGCUGGGGCUGAGUCGUCUUCGACAAGGCCGCGAGGCGCAGACCUUAAGAUACACCUUCAGAAUGUCCUGACCAACCGCAAUGUAAGUCUUAAGGAUAUUCUGGCAAGCCACGAGGGCACUGAAGAUGUUGACAGUCUCUUGGGCGUGCGUGGAGAUGGUCCUACUGAGGUGUCGACGAGGGGUCCAGAUUCAAAAGCUGCCCAAAUCGGGCUUUCUAGUGGCAAAGGAGGUCACGUUGCAGGCAGAGCAGGCUUCCCCGACACUCUCCCCACAGUCUCUGAUGAGAAGACGCAGGCUAACCUCUUGAAAAUCGUCAGAGAUUCGCUUUUAGGACGUCCUAAAAAUGGAACAACAACAUCCGGUCCCUUGAAAUCGCAGGGGAACGUGACGACCAGUAGAUCGGAGGUCCGUCCAGUAGCUGGGAAGGUGGGAGAUGGCAGUAAUCCAUCUCACUAUUUCAAACAACCGCCGUUGUGCCUUGAAAAGCCAGACCCAGGGCUCUGCCGAGCGUUCAUGCCCCGUUGGUACUACAACGCCUCUGAUGAAACUUGUCGCAAGUUCACAUAUGGUGGGUGCCAAGGUAACGACAAUAAUUUCCUCAAGGAGCACAAAUGCUACGCUACUUGCAAAGGCGAGAUUCCUUGCGCAGAUGAACCCCCAAAGGUGUGUCGGAUGUCUGAGUCAGCUUGCAGGAAGGCCGAAUGCCCAGCGCAUCCAGAGGCCGAAUGCACGGUGCUCCCUUGCACGUGCGAGGCAGUGUUUGAAGACAGUGCGAGUGAGAUCGUUGACUGUAAAUCUCCAUUUGGUGAAGAGCACGGUGGAGAUGAUGAUGAUGAUGAUGAUGGACCUUUAGGAGACCUAGGUAGAUCAGGUAGCGUGUUUGACGUGCCCGAAGGUCGGGCGGCCCGACCGCAGCAAAAGAACAAAACUUAUGGAAACUUUGAUGUUACUGAUGACAUUCGACCAAAGGCCCCAACGACAGGUGUUGAAGGGGAGACCAAUAAAUCUGCUGUAGAUCUUGUUCCAAAGGAUAAAAGCAAAGGCAGUCAAGAUGUAAACUACUCGGACACAUCUGUUCUUGUCAAAGAUGAUGUAGACAAUGAUAAUGCAACUGCUGGUGCUACGAAUUACACUGUUAUUGCGACCGAAAGUGGACAGAAUGUUACUGUCGCGUCACCAAAGAACCCAGGUGGAAAAGCCCUCAUAGGAGUCAUCGUAACGCUGGCAGUCAUAGCCCUGCUUGCAAUCGUCAUCAUAGCUUACAAGAAGUGUAGAGGGGUCAUGGCUUUCCACAGAAGGACCGGAGGUUUUCGGUCGACAGAAGACAGACAGUGUUUUACAAACUCAGGGAGCACCAAUUAUGGAACCGGGUUUUGAGAUUUGCAGCGGAAAGGGAUAUUUUUCAUAAAAAGGAUGGAACUGGGAUGUGGAUAUCUAUGAUAACUUUUGGUUGCGUUCAUAAAAAAAAUUGAACUCUUGUAUAUAUACGUAAAUAUCUAUAUAUAUGUAUAAUAUAUAUGUAUAAUAUCUAUAUAUAUGUACAAUAUAUAUAUGUGUAUAUACGCAUAUAUAUACAUAUACACACAUACACACACACAC